GUACUCGGCGUAUGCUCUCCGAACUGUUGUUAUGGAGAAAUUUCCAGUGAGAGGAGAGGGCCCGGCAGUCUAUUCGACGUCUGCAGUAACAGUAAUGGUGCGCUGUCGGGGGCUCUGAAGUCUGUGCGCGCCCGUCGGUUUUUGUUGGAGUCUUUGAGCCGUGCGCUUCAGCUUGGAUACAACACACAGGAUCUGCUGCUGUUGCUUCGUUACCUGAAGUUUUACACUUUGCAGCUUCUUGCAUGCGCUAUUUUUUUCUUUUUCUUCUUGUUCUGAAGCGCAUCUGUGGCUGUUCCACUUUGUGUUUUUGUACUGGGGAGAGCGCGCGUGUCAGCCAGAUAUGUUUUCUCCAAAAAGUUUAGCAGCCCUGCAGUCGCUCUCCUAAACUCCAAUAUUUCCAUUUAUUGUUAUUAUUAUUGUUGUUGCUGUUGUUGUUUUAUUUUACUUGAACACUUCAGAAGCUUUAAACUGACAAAGGAGGAAAUGGCCAAAGUGGGGAAACCGCGGCUUUGUGUCAUGACAAAAGGGGAGAACGGGUAUGGAUUUCACUUGCAUGGCGAGAAAGGAAAGAGCGGCCAGUUCAUCCGCAAAGUGGAGGCUGGCUCCCCCGCAGAAGCGUCAGGGCUGCGUGCCGGUGACAGGGUGGUCGCAGUGAACGGAGUAAACGUGGAGAAGGAGACGCACCAUCAGGUGGUACAGAGGAUUAAGGCCAUGGACAACAAGACCAGGUUGCUGGUGGUUGACUCUGAGACCUAUGAAAGCCUACGCAGCCUGCGCCUCACAGCAACAGAGGAUAUGGCCGUCCUUAGAAUUGGAAAUCCUUCCUCCUCUUCCUCUCCACCUGUGUCUCCUUCUCCGGCACCAUCGUCAACGCCAUCUUCGCCCUCCAAGAAGCGGGAAAACGGCUCUGUGUCCAAGCAGCCCGUCACAGUGAGCGACCAGGUGCAGAAGCCCACUAGGAGGUCACCGUCUAAGGCUGCAAAGAAGGUGGCCCAGGCUGAAGCUCAAACCCAGCCUGAGUCCCAGUCGAGGCCCCAGGUCAACCCAUCCGAGCUCGCUCCACGUCUCUGCCACCUGGUGCGGUCGGAGAUGGGCUACGGUUUCAACCUUCACAGUGAUCGGUCGCGGCCCGGACAGUACAUCCGCUCCCUGGACCCCGGGUCACCUGCAGACCGUGCUGGGCUCCAGCCUCAAGACAGACUCAUAGAGGUUAAUGGCGUUAACAUCGAGGGCAUGCGGCAUGCAGAGGUGGUGGCCUUCAUCAAGAAAGGGGGAGAUGAAACCUGGCUGUUGGUGGUGGAUCCAGAAACAGACGAGCACUUCAAGAGGAGGGGAUUGAUCCCCACAGUCAGCCAUGUAAAAGACUAUGACGGUCCAUCCAUAUCCAAUGGCUCCCCCAGUCCUCAGAUCAAUGGCAGCUCUACCACUCAGUCCAUCCGGUCCACGCAUUCUGACCUCAGCAGCCAGGGCAACAGCACGCAGGUGGAUCUGGCAGAUGAUGAAGGUGGCCAGCUGUCUGACCCCUUUGCCGAGAUGGGCCUGAGUCUCAGCGCUACGGCGGCAGAAGAAAAGAUGAAGGUCCGUGGUAAAGAAAAGAGGAAGGCCCCGCAGAUGGACUGGACGAAGAAGCAUGAGCUCUUCAGCAAUUUCUGAGACAUUCUGCUCUAAGGACACAACAAAGGACAGAGCUCUAUGCAGUGAAUGGGAGACUUAUCCUCUUGAUAUACAGAUUCUCUUCUUCUUAGACAAAGAACCAAGAUAACCCCUAAAACAGAAGAUAUUUUCAUCCUGGGAUUUAAUGUGACAGAACUGUGACAGAACUGUUCGAAGGAUUUUACUUCUUAAGUGACUUAAUAGUCCAGCAUAAAGGAAGUGCUAUAUGACUUUGUGACUGCAAAAAAUUUGCUCAGAAGGGAACUUUGUCCUUACAUGUACUGCUGUCCUUGGGGAAAGUGCAGUCAAAUAUUCACAAAUUUGCCUUUGUCUUUACUUGAUUAUCCCAUUCUCCCUACUCCUAGAGACUCUUUUUGACAGCUAUUUUUAUAUUUAAAAAAUAUAAGCGACUAUGAUUAAACAGUAUCCCAUCAUCGUGGACUGCGUUUGAGAGACUUUUGAGGACACUGUGACAUGAAUGAUUGUGGAUAAUGUGGGGAUUUUGUUCCACAGAAGUCAUAAGAAGCCCAAAGUUUGACAGAAGAUCACUGUGAAAGAGUUGAGACCCUCCACCUUCAGCCCAUUGAUCCCAUGUUUGAUUGUAACCACUGAUAAAGAAAAUGAUAGUUGAGCAUAGUGUAUCCUACGUGUAUUUGUACCCUUACUUUGAGUCGAUUACUUUGAUUUAAGAAUCCCCUACUUGUUAUUUAACCAUUAGUCGUAAUAAGUGUAUCACCACUAACCUCUAUUUACAAAGUGCUCCAGUGCACACAUGCAUAACAAAGGGAGGCACCACUAUUAUUAAUUGUCUUAUUGAAGGAAAUAAUAGGCAUGAAAAGUGAGGGAGUUUCUCAGGGGAAAUAGUGUGAGGGAUGAGUUUUGUUGUUGUUAUUGAAGGCUUGAUGUGUACAGCAGGGGGCGAACUUACACCAUGAAUAGAGACCCCCUUUUGGCACUAAACGGAAUAGAUGUUUAUCCAGACUUCAUUCAUCAUCUUAAAAUGUCCCAGAAACAUUAAAUAAUUCAGAUGAAGUGGAGAAAAUAAACUUUAGAUCAUUUGAAGAUGUAUUUGUAUUAGACAGCAUUAUUCAGAUUUAAUGUAAAGUGGCCUACACUUUAUGAGCUAGUUAUGUUUUGUUGGACUUUGAUUCAAAGGUAAGUUGUUAAAUAUGAAGGUAUGAAGCUCAGCAUCAUUUUAUAGGUAGCUUUGGAAGGAAAGUGUAAUUGCUGGCCACGUGCUAAUAAUCAGUCAGUAUUAACUAUAGUAUUGUCUUGUAAACGGGAAGUUUAUCAAGUUGAUUUGUGCUCAAGGAAGGUCAAUAUUUUGUGACAGUGCUGAGAGAAACCCCUGAGCCACCUUUCAUUUUUUUUCUACAUUUUGCUAGGAAAAUAGGAAAUGUAUGCAGUGAUUUAACAAAAUAUGCAAAUAUACUUGUAAAUACAGUAUGUAAGGCAAAAAUUCUGAUGAGAUUGUAAGUCAA